AUUAAUAAGAGUGAUUUUCUUGUUUUGGUUUUAUUUUUAAAUGUCUAUUAUUUAAAUUAUUUAUUGGUGAUUUGUUUAAUUAUUUUAACUAUAAAUUAAGAAGGACAUGGCUUCUAUUGAGAAGCUGGUUAAAUCGCUGGAGGCUCUCAAGGUACUCCAGGCAUCUAUUGACAAACCUGAGGAGCCGCUUAUAUCAACAAAAUUUAUCAAAAAAGAAGCUUCUAUCAGUAAAAAGGAGAAAAUUUCACACUGUAUCAAUAUUGCGGAUAUAAUAUGCUGCUCUCAAUUAAGGAGCAUGGAAGAUUUUCAGAAAUUUUUAGGGAUAGCAAUAGAAACCAUGCUAGCUUGUUGUGAUGAUCUUGAUGCUGACGUGCGCUUAAAUGCCGGUGAAUGUCUCAACCGAACAAUAAAAAGUAACAUAGACUGCCAUCUCAAUCGGAUCCAUGUUGAACUAUACAAAGAAUUGAAGAAGAACGGAUCAAGUCGUAGCAUUCGUGCAGCAUUAACUCGUUUCUCGGAGCUUGCUUAUCUUUUAAGGCCAUCUAAAUGUCGUCCGUACUUAGCUCAAUUAAUACCAGUUUUGGAAAAAAUUAGUUCACGAACUAACGAAGAAAGUAUUCAAGAGACGAUUGCUCAAGCUAUGAAAAAAUUGAUGCCUGUUCUUGGUCGAUAUGCCAUUGAAAUCGAGAUACUCAAGCUUCUUAACUGUUUUCUACCUAAUCUAAAUCACUGCUUAGUCUCAGUUCGUCGAACUGCCGCUAUAUCAUUAACAGUUGUCUGUCAACAUUCGAAGAAACCGAGUUAUUUUUACUCAUGGCUUAUCAACAAUCUUCUCAAAUCCUUUCAUUCAAGUCAGAAUAAGUUUAACCUCAACCAUAAUCAGCUCCCGGAAUCCAACAAUAACCUCUUAUCAGGCAUCUUUUUAUGCCUGAAAAACCUUUUUCCACUCUUGAGUAAUAUUCCACAAGACGGAGAGAACCAAAGUUUAGUGAUCACUCCAAAGCAAAAGCAGGUUUUUGAAAAGCAAAUGAGUAGCAUGAAAGACAAUCUACUCCAAAUGUAUGAAUUAAUCCUACACAGUCUCCGCUAUUCAACGGAUAAUGGUGUUAUUGUAUCUGCUUUGGAAGCUUUGCUUCAACUAUUACGUUCACCUCCAAAGCUUAUCCUCAACAAUCUGUUAAGUAUCAAUGGAGUUGGCCAAUCUCGGUUAAAUGAUCAGUCAAUCACGGCUUCCAUUCCAUCAUCACCCUCGAUGUCCAUUCGUCGAAUGAAAGAAGGCUCAUCUAUUAGUGAAUUAGAUAAUGUCGCUUCCUUGGAGGACGAUGAAGAUAUUCUUAUUAGUUCAUUCUCACAGGAUUCUCGAUUAUCUGGUGAAAAUUCGUUCAAUCUCAACAUAAGAACCAAUUCUGGUGAUAUUUAUCGUCCAGAUUCCAGUCUCAGUGAACCCAGUGAAGUUAGUGAAAGUGUCCUUGAUGAUAAUGGUAGCAUCGUAAAAGAUUUUAUUGAAGAAAAGGGCCCAAUUAGUUAUCCUUCUAGAAUUGUACCAUUAAUUACAGAGCAAAGUAAAGAGGAGGAUUUCUCGCAAUCUAAUGAAGUACCUUUAUCUCCAGCACCAUCAUUACCUAGUUUUUGGGAUUCUGAUAUGUUAUUUCAGAUUGAAAAUAUCGGAGAUUUCACUUCAGAAGAUACCAUUCCGUUAGAAUAUUGCACUCGUCUACUUUGCGUCAAAUUUUUGUUGAAUAGUACAAAAAGUGGACUCAUUCCAGAUAAAAGUGUCCGAGUUAGUGUUAAAUCUCUUGCCUUGAGUUGCUUAGCACCAAUCGUUCAACUUUAUCCAAAAGCUUUCUUGCUGGACCUUCAUUUAUAUCGUCAUUCACCAGAACCUCCGCAAAAAAUUUGGGACAUAACACUUUAUUCAUCUCAUUCUGAUCCUCACAUUCGAAGUCAAAUUUCCCUUGUGAUAGCAACUUACAUAAAACAUGUUUUAGAUUUACCUUUAAGUUAUGGAGAGUUCAUUAGUGUCAAUUGUGCUCCUUCGGAUAUAAAUGAAGUACCAAGUUUGGAAACAUUAAUCAUGAAACAUAUUUAUCCCAUUCUCCACGAAUCGGGCAAUACAUCAUCGAGCAUUCGCAAUGCUCUACAAUCAUUCCAAAUUUGUCUCCCUGUUUUAAUUAAAUCGCAAGAGACUAUAAUUAAUAUUUUACCUAAAAUUUUAAAUCGUCUAAUUUUGUUAAAAGAUCACAAUUAUUGGCUUGUUAAGGCUGGUCUUCUCGAGCUUCUAUCGAAUCUACCUUAUACUGAGAUAUUUUAUCUGGAAAAACGCAUAUCUUUGGCUCAAAACUUUAAUUCAUUAACAAAGUUCCAAGACAUUGUCAUUGAUGAAGUAUUUAUGCCUCUUUUAUCCGAUGAAGAUUAUCGUAUACGCAGUUCGGCAUCAUCUUAUCUUGUUGGACUAGUCAAGAAUAUAUUUAUAUGUUCAAAUCAAAAUAAUGGUGACCCAGUGAUUGGAACUACUCAAAACCUUGCUGAAUCGUACAUCAACUUUUUCUCUGGAUCUUCUAUGAACAUUCUUCCAAUUCGUGAACCUUUCCCGACCAAAUUACUUCCCGAUAAUUUUGAUUUUGAUUUUCCAUUUGUAGAUAAAAAAGGAUCCUGUGAUUAUAAUGUUUCCAUUGAAUCUAACCUUAAAUUAAUAGUGGACAAACUUAUUAAUAAUUUAACUAAAAAUUCUGCCUCCAAAGCUACUCUUUUUGGUUGUUUUCAAAGUCUUUGUGAGCUCAGUGAAGAAUAUCCAACCACCAAAUUCGGAAAAGCUUGGGGAUGCAAAACUGAGGACAGUUCAAAGACAAUUUCUCUUCUCAAAUAUUUGUUAUAUUUACUUUCAAACUAUCCUCCUCUGAUCAACGAUCUCAUUGCUCAUCAAUGUCUCAACACUUUAACUGGAAACCUCAUCUCUGGUCUAGCUUAUCAAGUAAUUAGUCAAAGUGAACUUGAUGGAGAUACAGUAAACGAAUCAGAUUGGGGUUCAAUAAGCAAAGAUGCACCACUUUUGGAACCAAUUUUAACUCAAGCAACUCAACAUGCUUUGAAAAUUUUAGGAAUCUUUGCUUCUGUCUAUGAUGAAUCAAAUAAUCUUUUAAAUUCAUCAACCCCGAAUUCUGCUAUUAAACCACAAAUGAUCUCAUCACUAUCAAAUGCCACUUUGAGUCCAUUGAGAAAGAAAACUGCUAAAACUGAUGCUGAUAAAAGUGAUUCACGAAAAAGUGGCCUAGAUAAGGAACGAAAUAAAGCUUUACAAAGGCAAAUCAGCAUAACCAAUGAUCCGCUUACAUGGCGUUUAUAUGAAAUCAUGAAAAGUACUUAUCAAUCAUCUAAAAUAACAAUGGAUAUGAGCGAAAGUAAAUUAGGUCCACUUCUUGAAUCAGUUCUCAACUUGCUCUCACAGCUUUUGGAAAUUGGAAGUUUUCGUUAUUUUAUCCGUUUUUCUGAAGAAAUUUUAGAUUACAUUAAAAUUGUAAUCAACCAUGAACCUAAAGCUUCUGUCAAAUGUGUCCACCAAUUGUUAAAAUGUUUAUUUGGUCUCAAUUUUAUUCAUUUGAUCUCUCACGAUCGAGAAGCAACCACCGAUAAACUGGAUAUCAUUAAGGGAUCCCACACUGGUCAUCAAAUUAUGGAAUAUUCAGGAUGCUCUUUUCCUCUCCCUUCUUCAUCGUCUGGCCUUUAUCAGGCAGUUAUUGCUCGACCUUAUUCCAAUUUUUCCGAUUACGUCUCAUCUCGAGCUCCCUCUCUCAAUUCAUACACUUCUUCACCUGGUUCUUCAUCCGAGGAUCCCGAACUUUGGCAAUGCUUUUUUCGUAAAGCUGUUGAAAAGCAAGUUUCCUUUGUAUUGGACAAAAAUUCGGCUCUUUGUCUUUCAACCUAUUCAACUGGGACUAAUCGCAUCACGUUAACUAGUUACAUUCGUUUAUUUGAACCAGUGGUAAUCAAAGCUUUACGUUUAUACACAAUGACAAGUAAUCUUGAUCUGCAGUACGAAGUUUUAUCUUUCAUCUGUCAGUUGAUUAAACUUCGAGUGGAUUAUAAUUUGCUUGACUCGGAUUCUAUUUUUCUUGGAUUUGUUCGAAAACAAUUUGAUUUUAUUGAAAAUGGACUAUUGGGACCUUGUGAUCGAUUAAUUGGAAUUAUAUUCAAUUUCUUUAUUCUUCUCUCCUAUCCAAGAGAACAUUCUAAUCAAAGUAAACCCAUCAUAACUGUUCCCAAAAUAAUACAAAUGUGUGAUGAUCUUAUGGCAUCAGAUCAACCUCCUGUUUUUUAUGCUCUUCCCGCUCUUCGGCAAAUUGUUGAAGAUUUAAUGUUGUACCGUUUACCCUCCAAAGUUGAAUCUGCCAAGGAACUUGAUGCUCAACGAGAAGUUGCCAUUGCGGCUUUGCUUAAGCUUGCUCAUCAUCGUAAAAGCCUUUAUCUGCUCAACAUAAUUGUUCACCAAUCACGUAAAGAAGGUGAAGAUAAAUGGAGGAAAAUAUCUCGUCAAAUAAUCGAUGUUCUUCUUCCUCUAUUAACUCGUCAAAAUUUGUACAUUGAGUGUUACCCUGAUCUGGAAGUUGUUCAUCAUCUCUUUGAAUCUGUAUCACCUGCUGUCUAUCGACCUGUUGAUUAUCUUCUUAAAGCUCUUUUCACUCCACCUGAUCCUAAAUUUCUGGAAGAUCAUCACAUCUUUCAACGUUGGAUUUCAUCGGUUCUUGUCAUUUUACGUGUAUUAAUCAUCCAUGCCAAAGAAGAAAUUGUUUUGGCUCGACUCGAUGAUCUUCUUCCUUCAUCUACUUUCUUUAAUCUCAAAUGGAUUCGAGAUGAUUCUCUCAUGUCAGAUGAAAUUUUUGAUGCCUCUCAAACUACCGAAAAUGCUUCAGUGACUCUAAUUGCUGAAUUUAUGUUUAAUGUUGUUCGUGUAUCCGCAGAAACUCUCAUCCAUUAUCGUGAAUCAACUAGUCCUUUGCUUCGUACUCGUUCAACAUUUUUAGUUCAACAAAUUUCUUCUUUUCUUCUUUAUAUGACGCAUAUGUUUCAAUCAGGUUCUUAUCGUCGUGUUGCCAAGCGCUCAUCUGAACUAUUGAAAGAAAUGUUAUCUCGUAAUUCAAUUUUAGGUUCAAUUAAUUCAGCUUUCAGUAAAAUUGAUGCACAUUUCCCAACACUUAUGUUUCAAUGGUGCAAUGUAUUGAUGCUUCUUGGUUUCGAUGAUCAAGGUACUCAUCGUUUCUGGUACAAACUAAUCAAAGGCAAUGAGCUUACCAAACUUGAUUCAGGACCUUGUUCCAUGGUGGAACAUGAAUCACCUGAUGAAUCCAAAGAUGAUUCUCGAUCAUCAUCAGAAGAAUCAACUGUCCAUCAAUCAUUGAACGUUGAGAUUAUUCAUCGAUCAGCUCUCAUUUUGAUGUGUGACUUUGUCUGUGAAAAUAUGAAUGAUGUCGAGCAAUUAACUUGGUUAAUAAUAAACAACAUCUACGAGAUUAUUCGUUGGUCUUAUGAGCUUCCAAUCCGUGACUUUAUUCAUGCAGUCCAUCGAAAUCAAGCUUCAUCUGGAUUAUUUCUUCAAGCAGUUGGAGCUCGGUGUGAUAAUUUUCGGGAUGCUACUUUUUUGAAUCGUCUCUUACUCUGUAUUGAACUUUCUCACGAAACUCAAUCUGGUUCAUUGAUAUCUCUGGUGGUUGAAAAGAUUCUCACAAAUCCUCAAACUAAAGCCUAUCUGUCUAUCCGAAUGUUGAGUAAACAAAUUGCCAUUAACAAGAUAAAAUUUUUGUGUAAAAUUGAUUCCCCUGAAGAUGCAAUCCUUCAACUAUCUGUUGAAGAUACUGACAAGAUUCUCCAUUCCCUUGAUGCCAGGAAACAUCGUGAUUUCAGUGAUCUUUUGCUUGAUUAUCGUAAAUUUAUUUCUCCAACAGAACAAGAUCAUCCAUUAAAUGAAAAGGAACCAAUUCCCUUGACAAAUUUAGAGUUAAAUCGAUCCAAAGAUUGGUUUCUUCACUUUUUCCCCAGCAGUUAUAAAUCUCAACAAAUUGAUUGGAUGGAAAUUGCCACUUCGUUGAACAAAUGUUCUCCUGAAGAGUUAUAUUCACUCUUUGGUCAUAAAACAUUUGGUCUUUCAAUUCUUGCCUGUUGUUUAACAACAGCAACUAAAUUAACCUUUUUCAACGAAGAACCAUCAAAUGAACAACCAUUGAAAGGAAACAUUCUCCUGAAAGCAUGUAUGGCAUCAUCACAGCAACAUCUUCUCAAAAUUCAAAGUUAUCUUCCUCCCCAACAUUCACCCUUUUCAUCAAUCGGUGAAAUGUUUACUGCUCGUGAUAUGAAACACAGAGAUUCUCUUAUUGAAUUGUUUAGCCAAAAAUUUGUCAAAGAUUAUAUCGUCUCAUUGAUUCCCGUUUACAAUGCAUUCGCCUGUUAUGCUGAUGAGUCUCGAUGCUUUGAGAAUAAACCCGAAGCUAGAGAAUUGAUUCUCAGAGUUGCUAUUCUCUACGCAGAGUUGCUUUAUUAUGAUCUAGAGCUGCGUGAUUUUAAUGAUAUUAAUUUGUACAUUACUCUAUUACAUGAUCUUACCAAGCGUCCAUCUCUCAUAUCUCUUCUCUGUGAACCCAAAAAUGUAUCACUUCUAUGCUCUUUUAUAGCUGCAAUCCAUUUUACUUGUAAAUUAAGUUUCGGUGAUUUAUAUGAGAUUUCAUUGCGAAAAUCUUUCCAUGAAAAGGAAACUCUUACCAAACAGGAGCGAUCUGAUUACCGUCAUUUGGUUAAAGCUUGUGAUCGAAUUGUUGAGCUUAUGAUGUUUCUCAAAUUUAGUGAAUCUAAUUUAUCUUCAUCGGCUUCAUCUUAUACUUCUAAAUUACCUUUAAGUUUAUUGAGAAAACUAAAGCGAAUCAUUAUCUCAUUGGGCAGAAUUCCUUUUGUCAAUUCAGUAGCCAUGAUACCUCCGUCCAUUUGGCAACACGAGUUGUGGUCACCCGAAUUUAAAGGUCACUUUGGGACCGUUUGUCCUACCAUUCCAUCCGACUAUUUACGUGAUAAAGACAUUUUGAUACAAUUGAUAACUCGAAUUGGUUCUCUUGGCUGGAUCAAUAGGAUACAAUUUGAAGAGUUGUGGAUGUCUUUGUUGGGAGUUAUUUCACCAAUUCAAGAUUCUUAUGAAACGUUUGAAGAUGCUCAAGAUAAAUUAUUAAUUGCAAAAAUUGGUAUUGAUGGGAUAACAACUUUACUUUUACAAUCUUUACGAUAUCCUAUUCCAGGAAAUCCACUUAGACCUUUGUAUUCAUUUAAUCCUACUCGAGCAGCAGCCUUUAUGCACACCAAGUUUGGUGAAAAAUUAAGUCAGUUAAAAUGUAUAUUACCGUCAACUGGGACUGAAGAAAUUGAAAUUGAUGAUACUUCAUAUAUCAAUUCAAAGCAUUUAUUUUCUGUUGAUUAUCUUCGUAAACAAAUUGGUAUUAUUUCAUCUAAUGAUUUAACCCCUCCAACCUCAUCAGGUUCAUCUUCGGAAACGUCUUCAACUGUUCAAAGUCCAACCUCUCAAGGAGUCCCUGAUCCUUACACUCCUCGAACUCCAUUGAAUAUUCCUAUCAAGGAAAACACUGAGAUUGACCUUUCUUCAUGUAUCCAUUUCUUGCUUGAGCUUUAUGGUCAACUUAUUAAUACUCAUCUUUCAAGAUCACCUUUAAUAAUUGAACUUUGUCGAUCAAUUGCUUCUCUAAUGGACCUUUUCUUUGAAAAAAGUCAAUAUGAAUGGGUUUUAAACAUUUUCCUUGAAUUGUUUCGCCUUUCAAUCACUGAUGAAGAUGAUAUGGUCACUCAAUAUUUGGCUUUUGGUAUUUGUAAGUCAGCUGCUGUAUUGGCCAUUGAAUCUGAUCAACUCAUUGAAAAAUGUAAAAAGUGUGUUGAAGCAAGUCUCAAAAGUUCACUUUUACCAACACGAAUCAACACCUUAUAUGGAGUUUGGUAUCUAUUAGAAAAGAAGAAUACUCUUCCCGGAGGAAAAGAGACUCAAUUUUUACCUUGCGUCUCUGAUUAUUUAGUCAAACAUCUUGGCGAUGAAAAUCUCCCAAGUAGUCAUAACGAGGAACAUGUGGUUCUUAUGUGGGACCUUUCUUUCCAUCUCAUUGAAACUUUUGUUGACUCAUUUUCUGAUAACGAUUUUGCUCAGAAAAUUUUCUUGUUAAGCUUAAAAACAAUUAGCAGCCAGUGUCAUAAUGUCAGAGUUUACGGAACUGUUAGUGAUGGUUUAAUGCACUUAUUGGUAUGUGAAACUUUCAGCAUUAAAGAUGCUGAAGCUAUUGUCAGAAUUUCAACCGAAAAGCUUAAAUCACCCAAAUUGCCAUCACAAGAAUCAAUUGCUUCCCUUCGCCUUAUGAUUACAUCAAUAUAUAUUUACGGACUUUCAUUUGCCAGUGAAACACCUUCAUCGACUGUUAGUACAAAUGAUACCAACGAAGACUUGUUAUUUGCUAUGGAAAGGGUUAGACUCAUUUUUGAUCGGCUUAAAAUAUGCAACAAAAAAGAGGCAGAUAUGAUUGCUUCCAUCAUUCCACAAAUACUUUGCGAUUUUCUUCCCACUCAAGAAAUACUCAAUAAAAUUAUUGGAGAAUUUUUAUCAAAUCAAAAUAUUUAUCCACAACAUAUGGCAACUAUUAUUUACAAGGUUUUCAAAAUACUGCGACAACAAUCAGAAAGCUCAAUGAUUCAAGAAUGGGUUUUACUUUCUCUAUCAAGUUUUACUCAAAUCCAACCAAUUUCCUCUGCAAUAUGGUCUUUAUCAUGUUUCUUAGCUAGCUCAUCAUCUAAUAUUUGGAUUAGAAAUUUGUUUUACUGCCUUGUUGCCAAACCUGGUCUGUAUGAAACUAGAGACGAAGAAAUCUUUUUCCUUUGCUGUUGUAAUUUUUACGAUGAGCUCACUAAGGACCAUCAAAAGGAAUCAUUUUUGUCAAUAUUUGAAGAUGCAGCAAAACCAAACACUCCUUAUACUAAAGUGUUAGCUAAUCUGAAAAAGUAUAAUUUAAAAGAUUAAAGUGAUUGAAUUAAAUUAAACAAGAUGUAAACAGUUAAUCCUGAAGAUUAAAUCUGAUCUCACAAAAAUUGGGACAAAAAUUUGAAAAAUCAAUGCUCAAAAUGGUAUUUUUAUAUUUGUAAGAAAAACCGUCUAAAGUUUAUCAUUGACAUGGUUGACCACUCUAGUACUAAAUAGCUGUAUAUCUCAACCAAUCAACAGAAAAAGUAUGGUUAUGAUUUAAGGUGUUUCAAUUGUAACAAUUGAAAUUGGAAAACGAUUAAAGCACAAAAAUCAGUCAAGGUAUAAUAAUCAUUGAGGUUGAUGCUAAUUGAAUGUCCAACUUCUUAAUUAGCCACAAUGUUUCCUCAAUGUGUUUCUAAUUUCAUGGCUGUAUAGCCCAUCAACUUGUCAACAGCUCGGUCAUUUACCUGAUCUUGUUUAUGAUUUGAUCUUUACCGCAAUUAGUUGACCAGUCAUUAAUAGACUGUAUUCCCGUAUAUAAAGUUGUGUCGAGCAUCUUUUUUCAUCAUUAAUUUGUUGGAAGUAAUUCAGAAUACAUAUUCACAUUCAACUAGUCUCCAUUUGAAUAUCAGAGAUACAUCGAAUCUCUUUCAAUUAAAUCUCAGUGCCUAUCAUUAUUUGGUGAUUUAUCAACUCUAGUUCAAAACUCAGUUGUGAUGCAAAUGAUCAUGAAAUGGUCACUCAAAACGACAAUGUUAUAUGUUAUUUUAUAUACAAUUAUAUUCGUCUUGAUGGCUCCAACAACAACUAGCUAUAGACUUUCUCAUCGGGAAGCUCGCAAAUUGCUUAAAUUUGUGUUAACGGCUGCUGCCCUUUCACCUCCAA